AUGUCCGGUGUAAUACAAAACGAUAUGGGUGCUGCCUUUCAAGGCUUCUCCAUCUCGCAGCCCUUCCUCGGCGCUGCUCUGCAGUUUUACCCUGAGAUGGGUACUCAGCAACUCGACGACCUCAUCAACGCUUACGUCUCCGGCUCCGCCUCCAUCUCAGAAAAGCGUGCCACCGUUUCCAUGGACUUCUUCGCCUACUCCCAGCUCACCGGAGAGACCUUCAAGUACUACGCCGUUGAUGGCCAGUCAUUAAGCAACACGACCUCGUCUGCCGGAUCCAGUCCCAUACAGGGCUCCAGCUAUAGCUCCAACUUCGUUUCUCCGGUCAUCUCUGACUGGAGCUGGUCUCGGUCGACUUCUAGCUCAGGUUCCGUAACAACCCCAACCUCAGUGACCCAUGAGGCGAUUCCGUCCAAGCCCUCAAAGAAGAUUGCCUCGUCGGCGGCAAGGCACCAGGCCAGCGACUUUUCUCAUCUACCCGGCAUGAAGAUUAUGACCAAGGAUGGCCGCGACGUCACGAACUCUGCUUCUCGCGGUUGCAAGACCAAGGAGCAGCGCGACCACGCCCAUCUCAUGCGCAUCAUCAAGGCUUGUGACGCUUGUAAAAAGAAGAAAGUCCGCUGCGACCCCAGUCAUAAGAAGCGCAGUGCUACUCAGUCCCAGAGUACCAACACUGGUGCCACUCCCGUGCGUUUGGCGAAGAAGGCCAAGACAUCUGCAAAGGAUUCACGUACAGCCACUGAAAGAUCACCGCAACAGGACACAGCAUUCACAGCACAAUCUUUGGUUCCAGAACAGCCAUUUGCCAGUCUUGAGAUUCCUAGCAAUUCUACCGACCUUGCAGAGGCCUGGGAGUCCCUUGUUCAGUUCGACGAAGAGCCUGUCGACUUUUCUCCCUUCAACUACGAUUUCUUUUUCGACCCAGCUGGCCACCUCACCCCUAAGUCGAACCAAUCUCCCGCCACACCCUCGAUGGUAUUCGCCCAGCUGCAGAGUGGCGCUGAUACCCAGCAGAACCCCGACGUCAACAAACCAUUCUCCGAUGAGCUUGGCAUUGAGUUUCCUACUCUCCCAUACCUGGACUCCACUGCACCUGCGAACAACUACGUCGACUUUAAUCUCUACUCACCCGAGCCAAGUUUCUUGGAUGACGAUAUGGCGCUGCUUACCGACAUUGGUUCUGCUAUUGGCAGAAACCAGAGCACUCUUUCUCGGCAUCAUAGCCCAGCUCAGGAUCGCUCGUCGACACAUCUGUUGGAGGAUGCCGAUCCUUCGCCAGUUGUACCUGGCGAUUGUUUGGUGGUUAGUGACGGUGCAACACCAGGCGGAAGCUCCUUGGGAGGAUCCAUCACUCAAAAGCGUCGUCGCCAUCUGAUUCCACGUGGCGGGGUACGCCCAGCUUCAAGGGCACUCUUCGGAGAAUUUGAGAACCUGAACUCAUUUACUGAUGAACAGAGCGUCUCAAAGUGUGAACUUUCGUCUCAGACGAACGCGUGCAACAGCUUCUCGGCACCUCAGACCGUUCGCUCAUCUCACGUAACGGAUGGAAGCCUUCAAACCACAACAACUCAAGUUCUACAGGCUGCCGCAUCUUGUCCAGGGAGCGCACAACAAGGAACAGUUAUACAACACACGAUCGCAACUGGAGCAUUCAGCCGGAUACUAGAGUCCUCGGUAACUGCGCCUUCGAGCUCUGUAGCGGAGCUGUCUCGUGCGAAUAUUGCAGCGACAACAACUGGCAGCGGCAAUCGCAGACUCGCCGACAGUGGAGCUGCUAGCACUUCACCGGACAUUUACCUCCAGGUAUCCGCACCUAGGUUGACAGAAAGUCGCAACACUCCUGUGUCACUGAGCUUUGUGCAUUCCGCCCCUCAAGUCUUCGGACUAAGCGGAGUGCAGUCCCCGCUGGCGAUGGUUGACGGUUUCCUAUGGAAGGGCCGCACCCAUGUCAAUAAGCGGUCCAACUCGCAGUUACUGGUUUGUACUGUAUUGCUUGCGACGGCGUUUGGCUUUGUCAGUUGGCUGGAGGUGCAGACAACUGUGUACAAGUUCCUCCAAGUCGCUUUUGGUCUGGCCAUGUACAACGCCUACCAAUCCACCUCCAGUCAUCAUGACUUGAGACCGCAACAGAGCCAUCUCAAACCAGGACGCUCAUUGCCGGGCCAUACCGGCAAGGAUGUCGAGGUUUCUAGGCCUCGCGCAAGGGUUCUCAUGAUCUCUCACGUCGACCUGCAGCUCGGACUGGGUGGUCCAGGCCUGUAUGGAUAG